UGCUUCACCUAAAUGAAAUAUUAAAUACAAUAAUGAGGUAUCGUACGUGAGGCAGUGGUGUGAGGGAUGUAAACACAAGUCAGCUGAUGAUGACUCACUGAAGGUCAUCAUCAUAAUCAUUCACUACAUACUCACCUCUACCUUUAAGGUUUGUUCAUUGAGUGUCUGAAGCAGUCUGGGUCUACAUGAAUGCCAUAGUCUCCAUCUGUCAUUUCUGUGAGCUACAUGGCCCUAGUGUUGUUUUCUGUACUCAGGCUUUUCGAGAUCUUCUUGAUCUGGAUGCCUUGACUGAUGCAGGAGCUUUAGAAAUUUUAAAUUCUAGAAACUUGGAAGAUGAAGAACAGUUGAAGGCAGAAGAAACUAAUUUAUGGAAGUAUGGAAGGAUACAUAAGGAAACCUAUGCUCGUUCUAAGAGCACCUCAAACGAUACUUGUGUAGCAUGCCGUUCAUUUUCACACAUCCAACCUGGCUUUAUUAGCAACGAUGAUUCGGCAAGAGUUAGUUAUGUCAGUGCACAGUAUCCAUUGCAAUCGGAAUUAUAUAUUCUUGUUCGAGAGGCUUGCAUAAGAUCACUCAGCUGUGAGGUAUGUCCUGGAAGAGAGGGGCCUAUUUACUUUGGUGAUGAGUCACGUGGCCAUGUGGUAUCACAUACCUUCUUUCUGCGAGAUGUCCAAGCCAGAGGAUUCCAAAGAUGGUAUAGCAUUUUAAUACUCAUGAAAGACAAAAUGCUGUUGCUUAACUCAUGGCCAUUUAUAGUACGACACCUUCGACAGACUAUCACCCACCUUCAAGAAAAUGCUUACAAGGUAUAUCAGAAUGAAGAAUCAAAAGUAAGCCACCGAUCAUUACGAUCAGCGGUUUUCAUGGACAAUUUUCGCAAACAGCGUGUGACUGGCCAACCCAGAUCCCUAUCUGAACUUGUCGGUGAACGAGAAGUUUGGCAGCAUUUACACUCCUCAUUUACAUGGCUUUUGAAGGCUGGAGGAUUGAGGCUUCAGGAGAGACUUAUUGAAGGCCCUCCUGUUAACAUCUAUAUUGCAGAUGGUUCAGGUACUGGUAAUGGGCUUAGUGUACGGGAGUUAUACAACACACUAGGUGGCAGUAUCUUUCAUCGCAUGAUGCAUCACCUCCUUAUUGGUCGACAAGUCAUCUUGAGAGGUUCAUCUACAAAAAUAAUAUCUGCCUUAAUUCAUUCAUUACAGCCAUUGCUCCCGAAGCACUGCUACAAGGCAAUACAAUUUUCUCCACAUUAUAUUGCUGGUACAUCCUGUAACAUACUGGGCCUUCAGUCAUUGGUAAAUAUACCACAAGCUGUCUUAGAAACUGGUAAUUUGUGCCUUAUUGAAAUAAUUUCCAAAAAAGAAAAUUCUGACAUACAAGAUACGUAUAAUAAAACAAAUUUGCCAAGAACUUCAUCCGUAAUAAAUUUUAAUGUAAAAAAUAAAGAGCUAGAGACUGCAGAUAAUAUCAAGCCAGGAAAUACAGAGGCAACUGAAGCAGAGGAUAUUGUUGAGAGCAUCAAGAAAUUUACGUUUAAGAUCACAGACGAGGGUUCUUUGCCUUCUCGACCACCGCAAGUUUUAAAUCGCAUUGAGUCAGCAGUCUGCAAUUCUACAAUAACACCAUCUGCAUUAAUGAUCUACAUAUCAACAGUUAUUUAUGAGUGGAUCAAUAAGGUAAAGGUAUGGAUUCAUGUUCAGAACCUCAAGAAAAUGUCAAACAGUCAUCCUGAGAGAAUCCCAUCACCUGUGAACUACUCUCAAUCUGUCACUCGAACUUCACCAAUACCCAUUUUACGAGGUUCAACAAAUUCUCUCUCAAGAUCACCUGUAAUGCCAGCCUUUCGAAGUGCAUCUCCUGGAACCCUCAAUUCAGUUCCUCAAGAACUAACCCCGCAAGAUGAACGACAUCAGUUAUUGGCUGCUCUAGGAUCAACAGAGUGGGAUGUCCCAUUGUUAGAGUUCUGGGCAAAAAAUUUUAAUCAAAUAAGUGGGCAAGAAGUGUGUUGAUCCAGUUUUUAUUACAGGCAUUUAGCAAAAAAAAUUUAAGUUCUUUGUAAGUGUUGUAUCCCUCAAGAAAGGUUCCUUGAUGGCAGUCUGGAGGAUGGCUCUUAAUCCAAGGAAUUGCAUGUAUCCUACAUUUCUGUAAUUGAAGUGGAUUGCUCCUAUUUCCCAAGUCUUCGUUCAGUUGUACUCUCCACCAAUUUAAAAAUGCCUCUUGCCUUUAGCAUAACGAUUUAUAUUUUGUUUACCAUUACUGUUAGUGACAUCGAUACCAUGCCUAACCCUUCUAGGGUAGGUGCCUGAGCCCGAGCCUUUAGCUCAUAAGACUGUCAUUCCCAUUUGGCCCCUUGAGGAUGGCAGACCAGACUGGCCUAGCUUGUGGCUAGGUCUGGGGACAGUUGGUCCCAAAGAUGAGGAGGUACUUGUGCCUCCUCCCAUGGGAGACAGGUCUCAGACACUCCCUAAAGAGGGUGCCAAGGCCGGGCCACCACUUGGAAAAGGCCCGGGCCGGAAGAAUACCGGCUAAUCUUUAAUAAUUGCUGUUAGUCAUAUUAUGGUGGAAUGCUAAACCUGUAGGAUUAUAGUGUCUGGGGGGGAAUAGAAGUCAUUAAGGCAACUAGAGCACAGAUCCAUUUCUCUAGAUCAAGAGCCCCUCACCAGCAUCAAGGAACCUUCCUUGAGGGGCCUGUUAGUCAUAAAAUAUAACAAAAUGAUUAAUUUUAAAUCAUUUCUUGAUUUAGGAUCAGUGAAU